UACGAAUCCCGCGAAGCCAGAAGAACUGCUCGUGGCAAAGAAUUUUCGGCCAAGAAUUUUACAUUAUAAACUAAUUUUCAGUCACUUUAACAUUAUAAAUUUUGCAUAGAUUCAAUAUUACAAUUCUUUUGGAUAUGAUUUUAAGGUGACACUUGGCUGUUAUUAUGGAGAAAUUAGACCAGCAGAGAAGAGAGUUAUUAGAAGCAAGAUUCACUAAGCAGUACACAGCUUACGAUAAUGCUCAAUAUAAUAUUAAUAAUGGUGGAAAUUGUAGUGGAUCCGGUAGUGAUUCAAAUGACAUAGCUCAGAUUAACGCUUACACUCCUGUUAAAACUCCACCUCCAGUUAUAAAGGAAAAAUCAAAAACACCUCCUCCUACAAAGGGGGGUAGGAAAAGAAAAACCCUAUCAAUUGACCAUAAUGAUUCAAUGCAUAAGAUAAACCGGUCUUUGACUGAACCAGUACCGUCCUCUGGGAUUGUUUCAUAUUUUGGUAAAAAGGAUGGGAUCACAAGUCCAAGUAGAAAUACAUUGCUAACCAAUAUUCGUGGAAAUGUUAUUCAAAGACAAAUGUCAUCCUCUAAUAAUGACAUUGCUGUUACUAGUCGUGGAACUCAGACUGACAUGACAUCAGAUGAAAUUGCACAAAUGCAAGUUAUGUCAAAUCCAUACAAUUGUGGAAAAGCACAUAAUGAUGCUGCCACUGAAGAUUUACGUCGUGAAAUAUCUCAACUGGAACAGCAAUUAAGAGCGCAAAUAUCUGCUGAGAAAAAGCUAAAAGAAAAAAACGCCACAAGUGUUGGACUUCUUAAAGAGUUCUUAAAAACACAAGCAACACAACAUAAAAAACGAACAAGGGAAGACACAAUGAGGAACAGGUUGCGCUUGGGCCAGUUCAAUACGGUCAGGCAAGGUGCUUCGUUUGUAGAGCAGUGGAGUGAUGGUUAUGCAUUCGACGAAAUAAAUAAAAAACUGAUCGAAAUAACUCAUCAAAAAGAGGAGUUGGAUAAACAAAGAAAGCAGUUGCAAAAAAAAAGACCCCUAUCUGAGAAAGCAGAAAAAAAAGAGAAAAAACUAAAAAUGACAGACGAUGGAUUUGCUCGUCCAGGACAUCCAGUUGGGUCUUUAACAACGACUGAAUAUCAUGAGCAAGAUGAAAUAUUGAGGCUACGUACAAACGCUAAUAAGAAAGAAGAACAAGAAGUCCAGCAAGAAUUAGAAAAAUUAGAACGAGAACGAAAUAUACAUAUACGAGAAUUAAAAAGAAUAAAUAACGAAGACCAUUCUAGAUAUAACACUAACCCUAUUUUGCACGAUCGCUAUUUGCUUCUUGAAUUGAUUGGAAAAGGAGGUUUUAGCGAAGUUUUUAAGAGUUUCGAUUUAAAAGAUUUACGGUAUGUUGCAUGUAAAAUACACCAGUUGAAUAAAGAUUGGAAAGAAGAUAAAAAAGCAAACUAUAUCAAACACGCUGUUAGAGAAUAUACUAUACAUAGAUCUUUAAAUCAUCCUAGGAUAGUUCAUUUACAUGAUGUAUUUGAAAUAGAUUCUAAUAGCUUCGUUACUGUGCUCGAUUAUUGUUCUGGUAAUGAUCUCGAUUUUAUGUUAAAACAAAAUAAAACUAUUCCUGAGAAAGAGGCUCGAGCUAUAGUAAUGCAGGUUGUUAGUGCGUUAAAAUACCUUAACGAACGAAAACCUCCAGUUAUUCAUUACGAUCUCAAGCCGGGAAACAUUUUACUUGGUAGCGGUGUUAUGAGCUGGGAUGUAAAACUGACAGAUUUUGGACUCAGUAAAAUAUUACCUGAAGAUACGGACACCGACAGUAUGGACUUGACGUCACAAGGGGCUGGUACCUACUGGUAUUUACCACCAGAAUGUUUUGUGGUUGGAAAGGCGCCUCCAAAAAUUUCUUCAAAGGUGGAUGUUUGGUCUGUUGGUAUUAUCUUUUAUCAAGCUCUCUAUGGGAGAAAGCCAUUUGGUCACAAUCUUUCACAAGCAAGCAUACUAGAACAGAACACAAUUUUAAAAGCGACGAAUAUUGAAUUUCCAACAAAACCUGCUGUAAGCGUCGAAGCUAAGAACUUCAUAAGAAAAUGUUUAACAUACAAGAAGGAUGAUCGAGUGGAUGUCUUCCAACUGGCAGUAGACCCUUACUUAAAACCAAAGAAAGCUCAAGCAGAGGCCCGAAAGUUGGAGCUGUUGUACAGCAGCAUGAAUUCUGCCAGCAGAAGCAACCCUUCUGAAUCUAGCUCGUCAAAUUAAUCAUAUCGAGCUGAGUCUUAACUGCUUGUCAGCCGCUGCAAGAUGUUGAUUGAAAAGGGGUACCACGACUAGGAAAACUAGAUAUGACCCUGCUAAUGCGAAUAUACCUUAGCCGGAUGUUAACGCGGUAAAAGGGUCGUGGUGUAGCUCGUAUGUACUCUUUGAGAGGAUAAGGCAUAUUUAAAAUAUUUCCAGUAUUUGCUCACUGAUGGUACAGACACACGAAAGAGAAUCUGUUCGUUCAACGAAUUUGAACAGUUAUUUUUUAUAAACGCGACAACAUUUAAUAUUUUCUCCACAAUUUUUUCCUCUUUAGCGUUAUAAUACUGUUUAGUUGUAUUGAUACCCACACCCGCUAUCUCCCCCCAUUCACCCCACUUGUGUUAUAUUGUGUCUCGUGAAGAGAACCCACAUGAAUAAAUUUCCAUCGUUGGGUUCAAUCUUUUACCCCUUUUAUUGUAUUUUAUGUUCCCUAAAAUUUUCAUUACUAGAUCACUUUUUUAAAUGUCAUUUGUUAAAGAUUGACUUUCUUGUAAAUAUUAAGAGAACAAUGAAAAAAGACA